GGAGAGAAGAAACUAAUUAGCUUCAGCCAGGCAGCGUUGGCACCUCCAGUCAGCCUCCUUCCAUGGCUGCUCUAUUUUUGGCAAACAGACUUUGGCUAAAUAUAAGACAACAAAUGGCAGGGAUGGAUGGUGAAGCUACAGCUGAACGCAUAACCCCACCGGAGUGACGGAGCCCGGCGCUCCCGCUCCCUGCCGUGCCCAGGGCCGCGAGGAGCAGGAGGAAGAGCUGCGGAGGGAGCUCGCUGAGUGGGGCGCUGAGGUUGGAGCUGUGGGCGCGCGUGUCCGCGGCUCCUGCGCGCACCGCUCCCGGCCCGGCUGCAGGGGCACAGCGGGGCCGAGCUCAUCCCGGGGCUGCGGCGGGGAGGAGCCAGCGCCGCACGGAGCCAAGCGCCGGGUCCCGCACCGCUCCCGCACCGCUCCAACCCCUUCCGGCUCCGGCACCGCUCCGGCCCCGCUCCGCCACCGCCCCGUCCCCGGAGCGGCCCCGCAGCGCCCGUUGCGCCGCCCCUGCCCUUCCCCGGGACCCGGCGUGGCGGCGGCAGGAAGGAGGAAGGAGGGAGAGCGACCUGCUCGGCGGUGGUGCCCAGGAAACAUUGCAGUGUCUGAAGCCUCAAGUGGAUGUGUCUAGCAUCCUCCUGCCUCACUUUGCAACUGAAAGCGGCCUCCAGCCUCCCUUCCCACCCCCGGGCAGACACCCCAGCCCUCAUUCCAGGGCUCUGCCAUCCCUCGCAGCACGAGCCACGAUGAACAAGAUGAAGAACUUCAAGCGGAGGUUUUCGCUCUCGGUUCCCCGCACAGAGACCAUCGAGGAGUCGCUGACGGAGUUCACGGAGCAGUUCAACCAGCUCAACAACCAGAGGAAUGAAGACCUGGCUCAAGGGCACCUGCAGCUGGGACACCUUGGCCGGGACUUCCGAGCAGACACCAGCCCCAUCUCCCCAUCCGAGGGGGAAGGCCAGACCCCGAUGGCUGUGCGCUACCGCAGCGGCACCCAGCGCCGCUUCUCCAUGGAGGAUGUCAGCAAGCGCCUCUCCCUGCCCAUGGACAUCCGCCUGCCCCCCGAGUUCCUGCAGAAGCUGCAGAUGGAGAGCCCGGAGUUCCCCAAGCCCCUCAGCAGGAUGUCCCGGCGGGCUUCCCUCUCAGAUAUUGGGUUUGGGAAGCUGGAAACCUAUGUUAAACUGGACAAACUGGGAGAGGGCACUUACGCCACUGUCUUCAAGGGGCGCAGCAAGCUGACCGAGAACCUCGUUGCCCUGAAGGAAAUCCGCUUGGAGCACGAGGAAGGGGCACCUUGCACGGCCAUACGGGAAGUGUCACUGCUGAAGAACCUGAAGCACGCCAACAUCGUCACCCUGCACGACAUCAUCCACACGGAGCGGUCCCUCACCCUCGUCUUCGAGUACCUGGACAACGACCUCAAGCAGUACCUCGAUAACUGCGGGAACCUGAUGAGCGUGCACAACGUGAAGAUCUUCAUGUUCCAGCUGCUGCGGGGUCUGGCUUAUUGUCAUGGGAGGAAGAUCCUGCACCGAGACCUCAAACCCCAGAACCUGCUCAUCAACGAGAGAGGGGAGCUCAAGCUGGCUGACUUCGGACUAGCCAGAGCCAAGUCAGUCCCUACAAAAACCUAUUCCAACGAGGUGGUCACGCUGUGGUACCGGCCCCCCGAUGUCCUGCUGGGAUCUACCGAGUAUUCCACCCCCAUCGACAUGUGGGGCGUUGGGUGCAUCCACUACGAGAUGGUCACCGGGCGGCCCAUGUUCCCCGGCUCCACCGUGAAGGAAGAGCUGCACCUCAUCUUCCGGCUGCUGGGAACCCCGACAGAAGAGACCUGGCCCGGGAUAACGUCCAACGAGGAGUUCAAGGCGUACAGCUUCACACAGUACCGAGCGCAGCCGUUAAUAAAUCACGCCCCCAGGCUGGACUCGGAAGGCAUUGACUUGCUGAUGAACCUCCUUUUGUACAAAGCCAAGGGCCGGAUCUCGGCGGAGGCAGCCCUGCGGCACCCGUACUUCAAGAGCCUGGGGGAGCGGGUGCACCUCCUGCCCGACAAUGCCUCCAUCUUCUCCCUGAAGGAGAUCCAGCUUCAGAAGGACCCUGGCUACCGAGGCUCAGCCUUUCAGCAGUCAGCCCGAGGGAAGAACAGGAGGCAGAGUAUAUUUUAAACUUGGAUCUCGUGUUCCCCUCGUCACCAUGGAGAUCAGAGCACUGAGAAAGGAGACGGCAGCUCCCACCCGACCACCGCAGUUACUGACUCCAGCAGGACCAUGCUGAAGCGCCCUUGGCCUUAGGCUCUCCCCUGCCUGUCCCCACCACCACAGCCCCUAAUAGCUGCUGUUGAGGGACCUGUUGCCUUUCUCCCCUCUUGUUGUCAUGUUACCCCCAUCAGACGUGACCUGCACGUGAAGCACAAAACACAGGGCAGCCCUCCCUUAUUUGC